CUUACUCUUCUCCUUGCGCUCGCUCAAUUCAACACUGCUUCUAUCCUAAAAGAGGUCACCUCAAAGGCUCAAGACUUCAGCAGAGAAGAAGCGUCUGACUCAAUCUUACAUUGUACGACAGUGUAGAGAAGGCUCAGAGGUUUCCUGCCAUUCUUCUUUGUAUUUACACCAAUUCUCUCUUUGGAUUCGCUCUUCGUCAUGGCUUCUGAAAUGGAGGUGGAUGGUGCUGUCCCUGGAGUUCCGAUCGAUGAGGGUCUAUACUCUCGACAGCUCUAUGUGCUCGGUCAUGAAGCUAUGAAGAAGAUGGCUUCGUCCAAUGUUCUCAUCGUUGGGAUGAAAGGUCUCGGCGUUGAGAUUGCCAAGAAUGUCGCAUUGGCAGGAGUCAAGAGCGUCACUAUCUAUGAUCCCAAUCCGGUAGAGAUUGCCGAUCUAGGUACACAGUUCUUCCUCCGCGAGAAUGACAUAGGCCAGCCUCGAGCUUCCGUCACGGCUCCGCGACUAUCGGAACUUAACACCUACGUACCGAUCAAAAUACUAGAGGGGUCAGGCGAGAUCACUCCGGACAUGGUUGCGCCGUAUCAGGUGGUCGUUCUCACCAAUACGACUGUCACAAAGCAGGUCGAGAUCAACGAAUUCUGUCGGUCAAAAGGCAUCUACUUCAUCUCUGCAGAUGUACGGGGACUCUUCGGUGCUGUCUUCAAUGACUUUGGGAAAGACUUUGCAUGUGUCGAUGCGACGGGAGAGCAGCCUCAGACAGGUAUGAUAGUACAGGUGGAAGAGGAUGAAGACGCUAUCGUCACCUGUCUGGACGAGACAAGACAUGGUCUCGAAGAUGGAGACUACGUCACUUUCUCCGAGAUCAAGGGAAUGGAAGGCUUGAAUGGAUGCGAGCCAAGGAAGGUCACCGUUAAGGGGCCAUACACCUUCUCGAUCGGGGAUACGAAAGGCCUUGGACAGUACGUUUCUGGUGGCUUGUUCACACAGGUCAAGAUGCCCAAAAUUCUCCAAUUCAGAAGCCUCAAAGAGUCCUUGACCCAGCCCGAACUUUUCAUCACGGAUUUUGCCAAAUUCGAUCGCCCUGCAACCCUGCAUGUCGGAUUCCUUGCUCUUUCCGCAUUCUACGAGAAGAAUGGACAUCUGCCUCGACCGCGUAGUUCAUCGGAUGCUUCCGCAGUGCUAGCUCUCGCUAAGGAUAUUCACAAAUCAAAUGGAGGACAGGACGAAGUCGAUGAGAAGAUUAUCGAGACACUGGCGUUCCAAGCUACCGGAGACUUGUCGCCCAUGGUCGCUGUCAUCGGAGGAUUUGUCGCUCAAGAGGUUCUCAAAGCUUGUUCGGCCAAAUUCCACCCCAUGCAGCAGAGCAUGUAUUUCGAUUCUCUGGAAUCGCUCCCUCACGAACUACCCUCAGAAGCCGAUUGUCAACCCCUUGGAUCAAGAUACGAUGGCCAGAUUGCAGUGUUUGGCAAAGCUUUCCAAGAGAAGAUCAACGCGACUAAGCAAUUCCUGGUUGGAUCCGGUGCGAUCGGUUGUGAAAUGCUCAAGAAUUGGAGCAUGAUGGGUCUGGCUAGUCAGGGAGUCAUUCACGUCACGGAUCUGGACACCAUUGAGAAGAGUAACUUGAACCGGCAAUUCCUCUUCCGACCGAAAGAUGUCGGCAAGUUCAAAGCUGAAGUCGCUGCCGCCGCUGUGGCCGAAAUGAACCCUGAGCUCAAAGGCAAGAUCAUUUCCUAUCAGGACAGAGUCGGACCAGAGACUGAACGCACCUAUGGAGACGAGUUCUUCGCCAAGAUCGACGGUGUGACCAAUGCCUUGGACAAUGUGCUUGCUCGUCAAUACAUGGAUCGAAGAUGUGUCUUCUACCAGAAGCCAUUGCUCGAAUCUGGAACUCUGGGGACCAAGGCCAACACCCAGGUCGUCAUCCCGUUUUUGACCGAAUCGUACUCGUCAUCUCAGGAUCCCCCCGAGAAGUCGAUCCCAUCAUGUACCGUCAAGAACUUUCCAAAUGCCAUCGAGCACUGCAUACAGUGGUCAAGAGAAGCUUUUGAUUCGCUCUUUGUCAACCCUCCUACGACCGUCAACCUCUAUCUUUCCCAGCCAGACUUUGUCGAAUCCACUCUCAAAUCCUCCGGUCAACACUUUGAUCAAUUGAAGCAGAUUGAAAAGUACCUGGUGAAGGAGCGUCCGACGAGUUUCGCCCAGUGCAUCGAAUGGGCCAGGCUGCAGUACGAGGAGAAUUAUGUGAACGAGAUUCGACAGUUGCUCUUCAACCUCCCAAAAGAUCAGGUCAACUCAAAUGGUACCCCCUUCUGGUCCGGACCGAAGCGCGCACCUGACCCGCUCAAAUUCAAUGUUGACAAUGCCCUGGACUUUGAAUACAUUGUGGCGGCUGCGAAUUUGCACGCCUUCAACUACGGAUUGAAGGGAGAAUCCGACCCCGCUGUCUUCCGCAAAGUGUUGGAGAGUAUCAAGGUUCCCGAAUUCACACCGAAGAGCGGAGUUAAGAUUCAGGUCAAUGAGAAUGAGCCAGUUUCUAACGAGCCAAAUCCAGACGAGGACAUUGACUCGAUCGUCAACUCGCUCCCACCUCCUUCGUCCCUCGCUGGGUUCAGACUGGUCCCGGUCGACUUUGAGAAGGACGAUGACAGCAACCAUCACAUUGACUUCAUCACUUGCGCUUCUAAUCUUCGUGCUGCCAAUUAUGGCAUCACUCAGGCUGAUCGCCACAAGACAAAGUUGAUCGCAGGAAAGAUCAUCCCUGCAAUCGCUACGACCACGGCAUUAGCCGUGGGACUGGUCUGUCUUGAGCUGUACAAGAUCAUCGACAGAAAGAACAAGGUGGAGGACUAUAAGAAUGGUUUCGUCAACCUUGCUCUGCCCUUCUUUGGAUUCUCCGAGCCUAUCGAGGCGGCCAAGCAGAAGUAUGGCGAGACUGAGUGGACCUUGUGGGACCGAUUUGAGCUGGAAGGUAACCCGACUCUCCAGGAGUUCAUCAACUGGUUCAAGGAGAAGCACAACCUGGAGAUUCAAAUGGUGUCUCAAGGUGUUUCCAUGCUGUGGUCUUCUUUUGUCCCAGCCAAAAAGACUGCAGAUCGACUGAAUAUGCGCAUGAGCGAGCUUGUCGAGCAUGUCAGUAAGAAGCCUAUUGAACCAUGGGUUAAGAACCUCCUGGUCGAGGUCAUGGUCAAUGAUGAGAACGAUGAGGAUGUCGAGGUACCAUACUGCCUCGUGCAUAUCUAAAUCCGGUCUGCAGUUAACUCUUCGCCCCCCUCCUCCUCCUUCUUCUUCUUCUUAUGUACAUAGAUCUAUGGUGCAAGCCUCGAGAUGCUAAAGUGACCUUACCUGUGAGCCAUGUCCAACGAGAUGGACGCCACGAGCGAGAGAGGGUAUAAGGUGUGGCGGACAUCUGAUGCAUUCAUUCCUAUUCG